AUGUUUAAAGAAGACUAUUUAACUAAUUCUGGCUCAUUUGAGGCUAACCCUCACGAAUCAUACCUUGGUUUCAAUGAAGAAGCCAGUGACGAUGUUAGACAAUUAGCUAGAAAAAUCACCCAAGACUAUGCAACCUCUGACCAAUCAUCUUCUGUCCCGUACUUAUCAUCCAACGAUGUAGUACCAGCUAUUAAUCCUUAUCAAGACGAAUUAACUGGUCUGAACUUGGAUCCAGAAUCUCCUAAAUUUGAUUCAAAGUAUUGGAUCAAGAAUUUAAAAGCAUUGUAUCAAUCAGAUCCAGAUUAUUUCAAGCCUAACAAGUUAGGUGUUGCUUUUAGAGACUUGCGAGCUUAUGGAAUUGCUAAUGAUUUUGACUAUCAAACUACUGUUGCCACUGGUUUAAUCAAGUUUGUUGUUGACGGUCUGAGAUAUUUUAGAAAGGAUGACAAGUCCAGAUACUUUGACAUCUUGAAGCCUAUGGAUGGUUUAUUACGACCAGGUGAACUUACUGUUGUCCUUGGUAGACCUGGUGCUGGAUGUUCAACCUUGUUGAAAACAUUAGCGGUUAAUACUUAUGGUUUUCAAGUUGAUAAAGAUUCUAAGGUUUCUUAUGAUGGUUUAACUCCUGAUGAAAUUGAAAAGCAUUAUCGUGGUGAUGUAAUUUAUUCUGCUGAAACUGAUGAACAUUUUCCUCAAUUGACUGUAGGUGAUACUUUGGAAUUUGCUGCCAGGCUUAGAACUCCCCAGAAUAGAGGUUUGGGUGUUGAUCGUGAAACUUAUGCUAAACACAUGGCAAGUGUUUACAUGGCAACUUAUGGUAUCUUAAGACAAAGAAAUACACCAGUUGGUAAUGAGUUUGUGCCUGGUUGCUCUGGUGGUGAACGUAAAAGAGUUUCAAUUGCUGAAGUAUCCUUAAGUGGUGCUAAUAUACAAUGUUGGGAUAAUGCUACUAGAGGUCUAGAUGCUGCUACUGCCCUAGAAUUCAUUCGAGCUUUGAAGACUUCGUCGGCCGUUUUAGAUGUGACUCCGGUUAUUGCUAUUUAUCAAUGUUCUCAAGAUGCUUAUGACUUGUUUGAUAAUGUUUCUGUGUUAUAUGGUGGACAUCAAAUCUUCUUUGGUAAAGCUAACAAGGCCAAAGAGUACUUUACUAAUAUGGGUUGGUAUUGCCCUGAAAGACAAACCACUGCUGAUUUUUUGACUUCUUUAACCAAUCCAGAAGAACGUGUUGCAGCUCCUGGUUAUGAAGGUAAACUUCCUAGAACAGCUCAGGAAUUUGAAUCAUAUUGGAAGAAGUCCUCGGAAUACCUAAGCUUGAUUGCUGAUAUUGAUGAAUACUUUGUUGAAUGUGAAAAGUUAAAUACCAAACAAGCUUAUCAUGAUUCUCAUGUUGCAAGACAAUCAAACCAUAUUUCACCGAGAUCUCCUUACACUGUCUCAUUUCCUAUGCAAGUCAAGUAUAUCAUGGGUAGAAAUUUUUUAAGAACUAAAAAUGAUCCUUCAAUUGCAAUAUUUACAGUUGUUGGUCAAGGUAUGAUGGGGUUGAUUUUAUCUUCUAUAUUUUACAAUUUAGAUCAAACAACCAAUUACAUGAACUAUCGUGGUAUUGCUUUAUUCUUUGGUGUUUUAUACAAUGCUUUUGCUUCCCUUAUGGAAAUUUUGUCACUUUUUGAAGCUAGAAAUAUUAUUGAAAAGCAUAGAAAGUAUGCUCUUUAUAGACCUUCGGCUGACGCUAUUGCUAGUGUUAUAUUUGAGCUUCCAAUUAAGUUCAUGAUGUCCAUCACUUUUAACCUUAUAUUCUAUUUCAUGAUCAAUCUUAGAAGAGAACCGGGGAGGUUCUUCUAUUAUUGGUUAAUGGCUAUUUGGUGUACCUUGAUUAUGUCACAUUUGUUUAGAUGUAUUGGUUCUUUGGUAACUACUGUUGCUCAAGCAAUGACCCCAGCUACUGUUAUGUUGUUAGCUAUGGUUAUGUAUACCGGCUUUGUGAUUACAACAAAGGAAAUGUUGGGAUGGGCUCGUUGGAUUAACUAUAUCAAUCCUGUGGCAUAUGUAUUUGAAUCAUUUAUGGUGAACGAAUUCCACGGUAGGUAUUUUGAAUGUUCCAAUUUUGUUCCAUCUGGCCCUUCGUAUGACAAUAUCACAUUUAUCAAUAGAGUGUGUACUGCUAUUGGGGCUCAACCUGGUGAAUCAUUGGUUAGUGGAACAACCUAUUUAAAAAUGGCCUAUAACUAUGAUAAUACCCAUAAAUGGAGAAAUUUGGGGAUUUGCAUUGGUUAUGCUUUAUUCUUUUUGGUUGUUUACAUAAUGUUGACAGAAUUCAAUAAGGGUGCCAUGAAAAAAGGGGAAAUCACAUUAUUCCUUAGAUCAUCAUUAAAGCAAUUGAAAAAGAGAAAAGAGUUGGCUGCUCAGAAACAGGAUAUUGAAAGUGCAUCAAAUGAAAAGGUUCCUUUAGCUGAAGAUCUUGCAAAUUCCGAUUUUGAAAAGAAGGAAAUUGUUGAAUUGAGUGAGAAUGGCCUAACAGGUGAAAAUGAAACAUUUCUCUGGAGAGAUUUGACAUAUGAAAUCAGAAUAAAAAAGGAAGAUCGAAUUAUCUUAGAUCAUGUUGAUGGUUGGGUCAAACCUGGUGAAAUUACUGCCUUAAUGGGUGCAACAGGUGCUGGUAAGACAACAUUGUUGAAUUGUUUGUCUGAUAGGCACACUGUUGGAGUUAUCACUGAUGGUGUCAAAAUGGUCAACGGUCACUCCUUAGAUUCUUCAUUCCAGAGAUCUAUUGGAUAUGUUCAACAACAAGAUCUACAUUUACAAACUUCGACUGUUAGAGAAGCUUUAAAGUUUUCUGCUUAUUUAAGGCAAUCUAACACCACUCCUGACAAAGAAAAAGACGCUUAUGUUGACUAUAUCAUUGACUUAUUAGAAAUGUCUGAAUAUGCAGAUGCAAUGGUUGGUGUUGCUGGUUCGGGAUUGAACAUCGAGCAAAGGAAAAGAUUAACUAUCGGGGUUGAAUUAGUUGCCAAACCCAAGUUAUUAUUAUUCCUUGACGAACCUACUUCUGGUUUAGACUCUCAAACAGCAUGGUCUAUUUGUAAAUUAAUGAGAAAAUUGGCUGAUCAUGGUCAAGCAAUUUUGUGUACGAUCCACCAACCUUCAGCAUUGUUACUAACUGAAUUUGAUAGACUUUUGUUUUUGCAAGAAGGUGGUCAAACUGUGUAUUUUGGUGAUUUGGGUGAGAACUGUCAAACUUUGAUUAAUUACUUUGAAAAAUAUGGAGCUGACGCCUGUCCAAAAGAUGCAAAUCCAGCUGAAUGGAUGUUAAAAGUUGUUGGUGCUGCACCUGGGUCUCAUGCUGAAGCUGAUUAUUUCCAAGUUUGGAGAAAAUCUGAAGAAUACAACGAAAUUCAAUCUGAAUUAGAUAAGAUGGAGGUAGAGUUAGCUCUAUUGCCAAAAAACAAUGACCCUGAAGCACAUUUAAAAUAUGCUGCUCCUUGGUGGAAACAAUAUGUGAUAGUAACCGCAAGAACACUCUUGCAGAACUGGAGAACUCCAAGUUAUAUAUAUUCCAAAUUGUUCUUAUGCUUAGGUACCUCAUUGUUUAAUGGGUUUUCAUUCUUUGGAGGACAUCUCUCUUUGAGGGGUUUACAGAAUCAAAUGUUUGCUAUUUUCUUGUUUUAUGUUCCUUUCAAUACAAUGCAUGAACAAAUGUUGCCUUAUUUUCUCAGACAAAGAGCUGUUUAUGAGAUUAGAGAAAGACCAAGCAGAACAUUUAGUUGGUUUGCUUUUAUUUCUGCACAAUUAACUUCAGAAAUCCCUUACCAAAUUGUGGUUGGUACUUUAUCUUUCUUUUGUUGGUAUUAUCCUUCUGGUCUUUACAAAAAUGCCCUGCCUACCAAUGAAGAAGAAUCACGGGGCGCAUUAAUGUGGCUAUUGGUUGUUAGUUUCUAUUGUUAUAUCUCCACCAUGGGACAUUUCUGUAUUUCCUUUGUUGAGAGAGAAGAAAAUGGUGCUAAUAUGGGUCAUUUCUUAUUCCAAAUGUGUUUAAUGUUCUGUGGUGUUUUAGCUGGACCCGCUCAAUUACCAGGAUUUUGGAUUUUUAUGUACAGAUGUAAUCCGAUCACUUACCUUACUCAGGCUAUGAUGGCUGUUGGGUUAGCCAACAAUCAUGUUGUUUGUGCUCCACAAGAGUAUGUUUCCAUUAAUCCUCCUGAUGGAAUUUCUUGUGAACAAUUCAUGGAAGAUUAUAUUCUGAAAGCUGGUGGUUAUAUCCUUGCUGAUGAAGCUACAGGACAAUGUCAGUUCUGUCAAAUGAAUAAUACUAAUGAGUUUUUAGCAUCUGUGGGAUCAUUUUACAGUCAAAGAUGGAGAAACUAUGGAAUCUUUGUUGCCUUUAUCGCAGCUAAUGUCUUGUUUAGUAUCUUCUUGUACUGGUUAGGAAGAGUUCCAAAAGGAACUAGAGAACGUAAGAAGGUGACGAAAGAUGAAUCUAAAGUUGGAAGAAGAUGGUUACUCUGA